GGAGAAGAUGGGAGCCAAGGGGUAGGAGUUGGAGGGAAUGGGAAGAAAGAUGAGAAGAGAGCCGAGAAAAUGGAGUGUUUGAGUCAUGCUGUCACAUCUGAAGCUAAAUGGAUCUUUCCAGUGUCCAGAAAGUAAGACCUCUGUCUGGCUCUCUCUCCCUCCGUCCUCCUCACUCCCUCUCUCUCUCUUUCCAUCUCUCUCUCUCUCUCUGUCUGUCUCUCCCUUUUGACAGUCUCUCUGUCACACCGAACGAUGAGGUUUUCCAGUCAACCUGCAAACAGAUGUGGAAGCAGCUGCUUCUCUCACCGCCCAACGACGCCGGACAGAUCAGCCUGGAGCCGGACGGCAGCAGCGUGCCAUCUUAACCAGCAGUGAGCUGUCCACCUCGGCCCGUCUCUCCACAGUCCGCUCUCUCCACUUGGUGAAGAUGUAGUCUGUUUGAUCUACAUGGAGAUGUCUCCAAACACUGUCUCCUCUGUCUCGCUGCCUUGGUCACUGUGGUUGCUGUUCUUUCUGGCCCCCGUCACCCAGACAACAAGCUCCGCGCCCUCGUCUGAAUCUCCUCCGCCGGUCAACACCACGCUGCUGUUCGACAGCGACGCCCCGGGCAACAACCUGCGGAACUGCAGCUGCACCACACCCAUCCGGGACUGCGACGAGGCUCUGGCCAACUCGCUGUGCAGCUGUCACACUGUUUUGCGCUCCGCUCUGCUCCCUGCCGGGCUCAGAGAGCCUGGACCCCUCACUGUGUGGGUAAAGGAGCUCUGGGUCCUGAAGGAGCUGCUGAACAGGAGCACGGUUGGCCAUUUGCAGUUGUCUUUUUGUGGAAUAGAGCCAAUGGACAGUGAGUACCUGGCUCUGCUAGGUCUGAAGACCCUCAAGAUCCACAGCGCAGCUCCAGACGCUCCCUACCCCAACCAGGAAAUGACAGUCUCCCCAGCAGCAGGGGUUGCGGUGGAGCUUGAGGCCCUCUCCUUUGACUACUCCUCUUCCUUCCAUGUGACCUUCCUGGAUGUAGCAGUUCUCAAUGGCCUCUCUGCCCUGAAGGCAUACAGUGUGGUGGGACCAGCUGCUCACACGCUCUCCCAGCAGUUCCCCCACCUGGCCUUGCCCCUUUCUCUGGAUCUGGCACCCUCUGAUACUUCUGAUCACCUUACGGACCCCAGUGAUCAGGCUGCAAAGCCUCCACACAAUCUGCUUUUAACUUUUGUCUACUAACAACAAACUUCUAUUCGUUAACAUGGUCAGGUUUGCAGGAAAAGUGACAAAUGAUGCAAAGGAAAAAUGGCAGAUGUGGAUUACAAUAACCUGAUGGAUGACCGGCUGCUGUACUGUCGGUCUGGCCCAAAGGGGGCUUUGAACCGAGAUGGUGACACCACUCUCACGCUGAUGCUUUUUCUUAAAGGAGACAAUUGACUUCAGAACUCUU